CAAGCCCUACACUCGGAUGCCGGCCGUGCCUUUUCCUCAGAAAAAAAAAACCGUGCGUUCGCUCAAAAAGAAAGAAAAAGCCAAGCCGCGGCGAGCAGAAGCGGUGGGCGAGCGACGGCGGCGGCGGCGGUUGGCCCUCUCGAGUCAUGGUGCUACCCGCCACCCCCUCUCGCGACGCCGGAGCUCACUCGCGCCCUUCGCAGGACGGCCAGGGGGAAGCGGGGCCGCCGCGCCCGCGCAGACCGCCCGCGUUCUACAGCUCCGUGUUCGCGCAGAUCGAAGAGGUCGGGUGGGGGCAACUAGUGAGCGCCACAGGCGAUGACGGCGUGUCGUGCCUCACCUUCCGCGUCAUGGAUGAGCAGCGACGGCACCAUUUACUGGAGAUCACACUGCCCAUGAACUACCCGGCAUGCCCUCCUUCAAUUGCUGCGGAUGUUCCUUAUCUCCCUAAAUUACAGUGGUCAAAAAGCUCAAGACUGAAGGAUGUUCUCUGCCAGUUCCAAGAGCACCUGAAGGUAUUGCAAGAUUACUGGUCUACAAUGGAUGGCAUUGACAAGGCCCUUUGGGUUGUCGAUCCUACAAAGCCGACAUAUGCUAUGUCUCAUCAUCGCAUAGCUUUGGGUGAUGAUUGCUAUAUUUUACUACAUGUUGAUACGCACAAGCCCAACUCCUUACCAGAGUGCCGCUUCCUAGGCACAGAUGGGAAAUUGGAAAGGCUGAUAAAGAAUUGGAGAAAAAAUCGUAAGAGAUGGAGCGCUGACAGAAAGUUCCAUGAAAACCUGGCAACCGUCUUAGAUUUUGCUCUGCCGCAACCCCCUUCUGUGAGUAUCAAAGAUGACCAGCAAGCUGAUUGUGGGAUAUGUUACGCCACGCAUCUGCCCGUCGAUGACGAACUCGGGACUCAGAGCGGGUGCGCGGCGGACUACAAGUGCGAAAACCCUAGCUGCAGCAGAGCCUUCCACUCCGUGUGCCUGAGAGACUGGCUGCGCACCAUUACUACGACAAGGCAGUCGUUUGAUGUCCUGUUCGGGAACUGCCCUUAUUGCAGUGAGCCUGUCGCCGUGAAGAGCACCGACAGCUGAACCUGCCUUCUUCGCAUUUACAAAUCGAGAUGCUGAAGUUGGCUUAAUGUGAGCGGUUUGUCUGGAUAUAAACUAAGUUAUGGAAACUGUGUAUGCUUGUAUAAUAGUAGGAGUAGCAUGUUUCCACCUUCCAGGGUGUGCUUUCCGAUAAUGACCUUCAAGCAGGCGUGGUUCCAGGUUUCAGGCGGACCAGUAAAAAGGAAGAGGGAAGAAAACCUAAGAUCUAGGUCGCCUGCUGAAGGCUGGUCGUCAUGAUCUAGAUGUCAUCAAUGGAGCUGCAAGGGGUCAAAAUCCCCGUUUGUUUCUACGAAAUUGGCGUCCACUUCUAGAGAUGAAAGAAGUGUGCCAGCCUAAUUACUGAAAAUUGGUGUCUCUUACGCACCCUUCUAGAUUUGGGACGAAUGAGGAAUUGCUGACUGGUAGUGGUUUGGAUCUCUGAAUGUCAAUGCGCAUUAGUAUUUCCAUU